AUGGUCAUACAUGGCACAGCAUCUAGCUUUACGCCGGCUCGCCUCCGCUCCGCUCUGGCCACCAGCAGUCCGCCAUCGCCGGCCGCUGCUGCCAGCUGCCGCUCCCGAGCGCGUCCACGGCCUCGCCUCCUCUCCGCGCUGCUCCGCCUGCUGCCAGUGGCGGCAUGGACGCCUCAUCACCGUGCAGCCCCACACGCACCCGUGGCCGGCCUCCUCCGCGGCUGCACGGCCGCGCGCCGGCAGCUCCGCGCGCUGCCCCAUUCUCCUCUUCCAUGGCGCCGGCUCCCUCGCUGCUCAGGCUGCUUCUCUGCCGGCUCCGCGUGCCGCACCUCACGGGUCUCCGGCGGCCUGCCCGCUCCUGUGCGCCGGCUGCUGCUCAGCACCCGCGGCCAUGGUGGUACCUCUGAAGCCCCCGAGUCGCCUCCUGCGCGCCUGCGCAUGCCCCGACCGGCCGCGCCCGGCUCCCUCCGCUCAGGCCGCCGGUUCCGCCCCCGUGGCGGGCUGCCGCCUGGUCCGGCCGCUCUUGGCCCGCGCACGCGCCGACUCCGGCCUCGCCUCCGCCCGGCUUCCGAGCCGGCCGACUCGCCGCUAGUCUCGCCCCGCACCGCCACCCACCGUCUCGUGUUGGCUGCACCUCAACGGCUGGCCGCCCUCGCCAGCUGCGGUCGCACUGUCCGCACCCCGCCUCCGGCUCAUCCAAGCCGCUCCGCGCGGGCCUCCCCGCCAUCCCGUACCGGCUUCACCUCGCGCGCGCCCCGUGCCGACUCCACCCCGCCGGAUGCCCCGCCCUGGGUCCUCUGCGCCGGCUCCGGCUCCCCGUUGCCCGGCCGGGUCCGAACCCGCGCCUCCGUCCGCUCCGCACACAGCGCCGGCUCCUGCGCUCGCCGGCUCCCCACAAUCCGGCUGGCCGGCUCCCGCGCGUCGGCUCCGCCCGUCACCCGGACGGCCGGCCCCCGCCCAUCACCCGGCUCGGCCUCCCCUGCCGCCGGCUGCUGCACUCCAAGUCCAGCCGCCUGCUGCGGCUGA